AUCAGUAUUUGUGUAGGUAAAACAAACCAAAUGAAAGUAGAGAACACAAAGUAAAGAGAACACCGCACUACUGCUUGAUCUUCAGUUGGUUGAUUAAGAUUCAUCACACACUGUAAAACAUCAACAAUGGAAAGACUGAUUCAUGUUCUGCUGAUCUCAGCAGGACUCUGUCCGUUUAUCCACAGCAUCCCGCGUGGGUACCUCCUCAUCCAGGAGCAGAAGACCUGGUACGAGGCGCAAGCUUACUGCAGACAGAAUCACAUUGAUCUGGCCACUGUUGAAAGCAGUGAAGACCAGGCAGAACUACUAGCAAUUGAACCAGCAUUGACUUCAGUACCCUGGAUUGGACUCUACAAUGACAUCAACAGCUGGCGGUGGUCUAAUAAAAAUGAGAGCAUUACAUAUGAGAACUGGUAUAGACCUACUGGGGAACCGAACAACUUUGAUGGAAGAGAGACAUGUGGGUUUUUUGAAGCUGCAGGCACUUGGCAAGAUAUCUACUGUGAUAUAGACAACUAUGUGUUUUUUUGUUACAAUGAGGACCAAAUCGACCCAAACCGGUUUGUUCUUAUCAGUAAUGGCUGGAGGAACUGGUAUGAUGCUCAGAGUUACUGCAGACAGUAUCACACAGAUCUGGCCACCAUUCAGAAUUCAACUGAGAACAACCUGCUGAAGAAAAUGAUGGGAAAUUAUGGAAGAGCGUGGAUUGGUCUGUACAGAGACUCAUGGAAGUGGUCAGAUGGGACAUAUGUCAACAACUACCCCAUAACCUGGAUGAGUGGAGAACCUAACAUAGUUGGGUUGAACCCAUCUUGUGGAGUUGAACGUCCUGGUGCUGUGAUAAGUGAUGAGAUCUGCUCAGACCCCCAUUCUUUCAUCUGCAUGCACUUUUCUAGGAAACAGAUUGUGCGCGUGGAGGUGAAAUCUGCUCAAAAUCUAAAUAAUCCUGCAGUGAUGGAGAUCAUUAUACAGUGGAUGAAGCAGAAACUGAAGGAUUAUGGGAUAGAGAAGGACACAAGACUGACGUGGAAAGUUCAGUCGGAUGGAAAUGUUUUUACACCAAAACUUCAGCGUGAAAAUGUUCAGCAACGCUGCUUAAACUUUUAUCUUUAGUGUUUCACAGUCAGUAUCUGUGAUCUGCAAGAAACUUUCUCCUCUUUAAUAAUUAGAUGUUAUUUUUAUAAUUAAAUUUAUUAUAUGAUAUUCCAAUUGAUUAAUCAAAUGACCACAUGUAUAUGCAAUAUCUGCAUUCAAUUAUUUGCAUAUUAUUUAAUAUUACAAGACAAGAGUAAAACAUUUUAUAAAGUGUUAUUAGACGCCAAUAUAUAUUUUUUAUCAAGAAAUCACAAGCUCACACUCAGCCUUGUGUAGUCUUCUCUAAACACAUAUGAUUGUAUUGAGUCUAAUAGCAGCUGUAACAACUCAUAAUGUAAUAACUGUACAGAAUGUAAUAAUUUACUAAAACAUAAUAACAUCUUGAUCCUGUAAUGUAAUUACAUGUGAAAUUUAUUACACAAAUAAACUCAAUAGAUAAGGUCAAAAUGCUAUUAUUUCAAUGUUUUUUUAACAAA